AUGGCUGCGUACGAUGGAAAUGUGGAUAGGUGGUGGGCUGACCAGAUUGAAACCAACCCCGGGAGAAUCAUUUUGCCAGGUGUCCCUUUGGCUAGUGACAACGGACGCGAAUGUGACAUGAUUCGUACUGCUAUCAACGCCCGCCGAGUCAUGACUAACGACAUCGCUGGCUUCAGCAACGGCUCAAAAUGCCUCCCCUGA